GAGGAGGAGGAGUGAGGGAGAGUGUGAGGAGGGGGGGUGCUGAGGUCAUGUGACAUCGCAGCAGCUGCUAGGCUAAGAAUUUCUGUUUUCUCAGUCAGAGAGAGAGAGAGAGCAAGGACGGGAGAGAUAGGCAGCGUGUGUGGUGUGUUGCUUUGUUAGAUAAGCUCUAAACGGUCUUUGUGAGCGGCACGGAGAGACAGGAAGACAGGCAGGGAAGAGGGUGGACGGGGCGAGAGCAGAUAGACGAAGAGAGAGAGAGAGAGAGAGAGAGAGAGAGGGGAGCAGGAAGAUGGUUUGUGUCCUGUCGCUGGCUGCCGGUGUGUGCUGGGCUGGGCUCAACGUGAAGAUGCAGCCGUGGGGGAUCCAGGCAGCUCCGUUCCUUUGUGCAGCAUGAGCCAUGAGCCAAAGUCACCAUCAUUAGGAAUGAUCUCCACGGCAACCCGUACCACGGCGACGGUCAGCCCCCUCACCCCGUCACCUCUCAACGGUUCUAUUGUAGCCAAUGGAAGCCCGGCGACACAGUCUUCUCACUCCGGAUUCGCUGCAGCCCUUCGUAAACUGGCAAAACAGGCUGAAGAACCUCGAGCUGCGUCCUCCAUCAGCAGUGAGUCCUCUCCAGUGUCCUCCCCGGCCACCAACCACAGCUCUCCAGUCAGCACACCCAAGAGGGGCCCCCUCGGUCAAGGGCCAGUCCUGGGUCCCCCGGUGGGCCACAGCGUGCCAAACACUCCACCUGUAGUCACCAUUGCUCCAACAAAGACCAGCAACGGCCUCUGGAGGAACGAGGGACGCCAGUCUGACUCAGGGCCUCGUGGGGCCAGCAGGGAACGUUUGAGUGCCGAGGGGACCCUAACCCAGGAGAAGGGUGGCCCCUCUAUCCCGGCCCACCUCCUGGGAAACCCCUAUGCCUUCGGUCUCAACCCCGGUGCUGUCAUGCAGGAUUCACGUUUCCAGCCCCUCAAUAUGCCCAGACAGAUGUCUAACGCAGGGCCCCCUGGUCCUAUACCAGAAGAGUACCUCCGUGGUUUCCGGCCCUACGCCACGGCCGAGGAUGCCCUCCGCAUGCCCUCGUUGCCCCUUGGCCUGGACCCCGCCACUGCAGCCGCCGCAGCUGCCUACUAUCACCCCAGCUACCUGCCCCACCCCUCCUUCACACCAUACAGGAUGGAUGAUCCAUUCUGCCUUUCUGCUUUGAGGUCACCUUUCUAUCAGCUGCCAGCAGGGGGAGCUUUGCCCCCCAUGCAUCCCUCUGCUGUUCACAUGCACCUGCAAGGGGUCCGCUACCCCGGAGAUUUCACACACCCUUCACUGUCAGCACUGCAGUCUGAGAGGCUCCACCUGGAGGAUGAGCUGCGGCAUAGAGAGAGGGACCGCGAACGGGAGCGCGAAAAGGAAAGGGAGCGCGAGGUGGAGAGGGAGAAGGAGCGGGAGAGAGAACGAGAGAGGGAGCGGGAGAAGGAGCUGGAGAGGGAGAGGGAGAGAGAGCGGGAGCGAGAAAGGGAUCGUGAGAGGGAACGAGAGAAGGAGAGAGAAAGGGAGAAGGAGCUGGAGAGGCAGAAGGAGAGAGCGCUGAGGGAGAAGGAGCUGCAGGCAUCCAAGGCCAUGGAGAGCCACUAUCUGGCUGAGCUCCACGCCAUCAGGGGGCAGGAAGACCGAACCAAGCCUGAGAGACUCACCCCGAAUCGGGCUGAUAAAACCAAAGAGCCCGCCCUCCCCGCUCCCAAACCCGUCCCGCCAGGACUCCACUCUUCCAUGGUUCAAUCGCAUCAUCCCAUCCCCGGUUUGAUCUCAGGUCACGGACUCUUCAUGGGGCCCGGCGCAGUCGGGACGGGGCUCUCUGCGGCCCUGCUCGCUCAGAGAAACAACGAGGAGGAGAGGUGGCUGGCGCGGCAACGUAAGCUGCGGCAGGAGAAGGAGGAUCGUCAGUACCAGGUGUCUGAGUUCCGUCAGCAGGUUCUGGAGCAGCACUUGGACUUGGGCCGGCCGGCUGACGCAGCAGACGCACACAGAUCCAUAACAAAUCACCAUGAACCAGGAAGCCGUGACCUGCACGCUCACUUAGGUGCACCUCCUCCCCUCAUCUCCCCCAAACCUCCACAACCACCACGCGAACACCACCCUCCACCUCCCACCACCCUGUGGAACCCCGCUUCUCUCAUAGAAACAACCUCAGAUUCCAGACGUAACCACGAGCCCUCAGGGAUGGGACACUACGAGCUCAGUCGGCUGCCUUUGGGGCUCUCCAAAUUUGAGGACGGAGCCCGUAGGAGAGACGGGGGAGCAAUGGAGAAGUACACCCAAAUGAGAGGUCCUCCUGGCCUGACGGAGCCCAGCACAUUCCUUGCUGAUCUGGAGAAAUCCACACAGUCCUUCUUCAGCCAACAGAGGUCAUCGCUGUCGCUGUCCAGCCAGUACGAGCUGGAGGGAGCUCUGAAAGGCAACGCUGGACAAAAGAGCUUCCAGGGACACCCAGGGCACAGUAGACACGGACAAGGGCUAGGACUAAUCGCUGGGUCAGGGACGGGACAGGUAGCUACACUGGGAAUGGGCCCAGAAACAAUGCUGAUCUACGAUGAGUACCUUCAGCAGCACCGAAGGCCAAUCAGCAAGCUGGACCUGGAGGAGAAGAGGAGAAGGGAGGCGAGAGACAAAGGUUAUUACUAUGAGCUGGAUGACUCGUAUGAUGAGAGUGAUGAAGAGGAGGUGAAAGCCCAUCUCAGGAGAGUGGCAGAGCAGCCCCCACUCAAACUGGAUGACUCCAGCGAGAAAGUGGACUUUUUGGGAGUGUUUGGCCUGACCACAGCAGGCCGGCGGGACGAGCUGGUGCAGCAGAAGAAACGGAAGAGGAGGAGGAUGCUCAGGGAGCGCAGCCCCUCUCCACCUGCAUCGCAAUCAAAACGCACUCCUCCUCCCCCCCAACUCAGCACGCGCUUCACCCCGGAGGAGAUGGACCAAGCGCCGGAGCUGGAGGAUAAGAAGCGGUUCCUCACCAUGUUCAAACUGUCCCAUGUCACUGUGCAGAAGAGAAAAGAUAAUGAAAAAGUGGUGGAGCUGCUUCAUGCCAUUAAAGAAAAGAGUGUAACCCUUGAUACCAUCAGACAUGCCACUCAUCCACUGUGUAAGAGCCCCUCAGCUCAGAUCACAGAUUCUACCUUUGCCCAGCCUCCCUCUGAAUCAGAGGACCUCAACAACGUCAGACCACACAGCCCCUCCUCGCAUUGCCCAGCGUCCCCCAGUGGCCACCCGAAACCCCUCGGGGACACAUUAAGACCAAAGGAACCCCCUUCUCCAGCUGUCUACCCAGACAAGGCCCGGGGGCCCAGCGAAGCACCGAUCUCUAAGAGGAGCUCCAGUCUGCUCAACAGCUUGCGGCCCGCGCUCCCCCACCAGGCGAAAGAGGGCCAUCACAGCAUCAACGGACGCACCAAACCCUGGGACAGCUUCACCCCGGAAGAGUUUGCUCAGCAAUUCCAUGAUUCUGUGCUUCAGUCCACUCAGAAGUCGCUGCAGAAACACAAAGGUGGAGCCCCAGGGAUGUCGGAGUCGUCCCACCUCCAGGAGUCGUCAGUUCACUACAACAUUCCAGAGCUGCAGAGCGCCCCUGGCCGGCCGCCACCACCACCCCCACACUCGCAGGCUCACUCCAAUACACAUCCAUUUCCACAUCCGCUCUCGCACCCUCACCUUCAACCCAACGGGCAGCACUUCUCAGUGCCGCUGCAGCGGGAGGCGCCGGGAGCGAGAGAAGACCUCUCUGGUCCAGAGGAUGAGGAGGAAGAGGAGGAUGAGGAGGAAGAGGAGGCUCCUGCCUCCAAGUGGCGGGGAAUUGAAUCUAUAUUUGAAGCUUAUCAGGAAUAUGUAGAAGAGCAAAGUCUGGAGCGGCAAGUGUUGCAGAGCCAGUGUCGAAGACUGGAAGCUCACAACUACAACCUCAGUCUGACUGCUGAGCAGCUGUCUCAUAGCAUGGGGGAGCUGAUGUCCCAGAGACAGAAGUUGGCAUUGGAGCGGGAGAAGUUACAAACAGAGCUGGAGCACUUCAGGAAGUGUUUAACGCUGCCACAGACACACUGGCCGAGAGGCGGCCAUUACAAAGGCUACCCUCCCAGGUGACCCCGACACGCCGACCUGAUGGCUCCCGGGCCGCGGCCACCUCCCUUUUCAGACUUGACACCCAGAGUUUAUUUUUCAUAGCCUGGCCCGCGUGGCUCUGCAGCGGAGAGCGUGGCAGGCUAGAUAAGAUGAAUGAAUGGACGGAGUGAAUGGAUUGAUGAAUGCACAGGAGACGGGAACGUUCAGUGAAGGGCAGGCAGUCUUUGGAUUGUGAACAGCCAGGGCCUGAGCCACAAGCCACCAAACGUGUGCCAAUGUAGCCAACCCCCUGAGAUCAGCGGGAGUUCCAGGGCAGGAGUACCUGCAGCUCAACACAAACACACACAUGCACCUGCUUCUCACACACUCUUCGGUCCCUGCGGCUCUAUUGUUCAGUCCCUGCCUCCCUCACUGCCACAUCUACAGACAAUCCUGCCAAUGAGGGAGCAGCUGCCCCAGGAGGGGUGUCGUCAACAGACGCCCAAACGAAGGCUCCUGGCCAGUCGGGACGGAUUUUCAUCACAGCGGCCACAUGAGCUUUUGAACUGGAAAUGCACUUACGAAUAAAACGCUGAAGAACUACCUGGUGGUACUGUGUUACAACAAAGAACUGCUCAACGUUAGGGAGGAACUUAGAAAAAUGCACAUUUUUUUGCAAAGAAUUAAGGAAAUGUUUUAUUUCGAAAUAGAAAAUUUGAGAAUUAUGAAUUUUAAAAGGCGCUUUAGCCUUGUAUUGUAUAUAAUAUGAAGACUUAAAAAGAAUUUUGUAUGUUUUUAUUACUUUAAUCAUUGUUCUUUUAAAAGAAAGCCUGCCAUUUUUAUAUGUUUAUGCUUUUUUGGGUUGGAAAAAGAAAAGCCUUGCUUUUAGUGUUUGUACUGCUGCUGGCCAGAACAGCUCAUUCUGAGACAUUUAGCGGAGUGAGAGCAAACAGGAAACACGCCUCCUCUUCUCGUUACUCUCUCCCGGCUCUGCGCAGCCGAAACCCCGCCACAGCCGCCUCAGCCGGACCCGUGAGCUCAGAGAAGCUCAGUCAGAGGUCCCGAGACAUGGCUCCUGCCCUGUUACCCCCCCCCCCCCCCCCCCACCACCUCCUUCACAGCAACAUGUCUCUGUUUUAAUCACCGUUUCAACAGCUCCUCCUGUCGGCUUCACUGCCGCUGACAUUAGCUCCACAAACACAACUCGAGAUCCAGUGACACAUUAAGUUCUUCACUCACUCGUUUAGUUUCUAAAGACAUGAAGAGUCUCUUUAAGCAGCCGCCUGAUGAAAACUGGUUCUUGAUGCUUUCUCUUAAUGUCCGACCUUCACCUUCAUUUCGACGUAAUGUAGCAUUGGACUGAAACAACAUGAGGGUUUGCAUAAUGUUCCGCCUUUUAAGAUCAAGCCGUAAACGUCAUGACAGGAUGUAGUGCCAAAAUAAAAAAUUUAAAAUAAAAUCGUAGCAUCUCGGAUUUUUUAUUUAAAACGGAGUUGAAAUUAGGUAGCCAAACAUUCAAACCAGAACGGCCAUCUUCCACUUCUGAAUAUCACACUCCUCCUUCCCGCAUAUCCCCCGUUUUGUAGAACCCUCGCUGCCCAAAGUUGCCAACAAGUUACAAAUAAACUGGAAAUCACAAAGUCAUUUCAAACUGGGGUUUUCCUAGUACACAUAAAAACAGAAAGGUUUGAUUUACCUGCCCUCCUCCUGACUCUGCUCGUUUCACACUGACACUGUCCCCUCACCUCAUGGUCCUAUGUGGGAUUGUAAACCCAAGAGCUCAUCUACUCCGGGUAUAGAUUAUACAGAUUUCCUCUUUUUUAAGUAAAACGAAUUUGAAAAUGUGCAUAAAGUUAACUUAUAAAGGACUAAAGCACAAUUAGUUACUAAUUGAGACGUACCCCAUACUUAAAACAUAGGAUUUACAAGUGCCUCAAGAAUUUGGGAGCAUGUGAAUGAGUUGCAGUCCUCAUGGACAUUUUACACAUAAAAUUAUAGAUUAGGGACAUUUCAUAUUGUCUUUGUCUCCUUUCAGAUAUUGUGCAUGUCAACGGGUACAGAAUCCCUUUAUCCGAAGGCAUCUCCAAGAAAUCAAUUUUAUCAUAACACGUUUUUUUAUGAAUGAGGAUCAGAGGGAUACAGUAUAAUCUGUCAUUUUUACAGAGCAGAAAAGAGCCGAGAGUGCAGCCCACCAGUUAAUGAAGGAGCACGCACACUGAGGGAAGCAGCCAAUCAGCUGGGGAGGACGGUGGCGUACAGCGAGCCCCGCUUACCCAGCAUCCCCUGUGUCUCCAUCCCACGCACGCCCAUGCAAUAGCCCCCCCCUUACUCAGUGGAGGAUGUCUAGAUGCUGUGAAAUCCUGUUUUUAAAAUGUACUUGUUUGAAUUCAUUGUAAUGUAAUAUAUUCUUUGUUGAAUGUAGUAAUUAGGUAUUUAUGAAUAUAUGGCUGUGAUUUCAGACAAAAAAGAAAAUAAAAUAUUUCAAAAAUGUUAAA